GGCAGUUAAUAAAAGGCCACCCACUCCAGGACCCCAAAUUGCAGCUUACACCUCACCCACAGCUGUGGCCUCACUCUCGCCCUCUACCACAGCCAUGGCUCAGUCACUGGCUCUGAGCCUCCUUUUCCUGGUCCUGGCCUUCUGCAUCCCCUGGACCCAAGGCAGUGAUGGAGGGGCACAGGACUGUUGCCUCAAGUACAGUGUAAGGAAGAUUCCUGACACGCUUGUCCGCAGCUACCGAAAGCAGGAGCCAAGCUUGGGCUGCCCCAUCCCGGCUAUCCUGUUCUCACCUCGGAAGCGCUCUCAGGCAGAGCUAUGUGCAGACCCUAAGGAGGCCUGGGUGCAGAGGUUGAUGCAGCGUCUGGACACAUCACCAGCCCCACGGAAACCAGCCCAACGCUGUAAGAAGGACAAGCCUGGCAAGAAGAGAAAGGGCUCCAAAGGCUGUAAGAGCCCCUCUUCUCCCUUUCCAGGACUGAAGAGCCACAGACCACCCAAAAGCCAUAGCCCAGUGACCAGCCUGGAGCUCAGGGGGUCCCCAUCAGCCGCACCAGGGUUUGGAGCCCCUAUCCCAGGGGCAAGAAGCGGGCUAGAAGACAGGGAGGACUCAGGGGCCCCAGAGCAGUCCUUCUACCCCCAUGCUGGCCUUGCCUCAUCCCUUCUGCUGCAACUAUCCCUUCCGUAUUUCUAGCCCCCGCUGCAUGGCUGAGCUGCCAUGAGAGGCCCAGAGAGGCAGAGGAGGGAGUGUGAGAGGAGGCAGCAGGACUGUCCCCUCUGAAGAAAGGUCACCCAGGACCCUGGACCUGACCCCCCUGCUCCCCACUGCACCCCACCUCUUCCUUGUAAAUAUCAUUUAUAUGUAACUGAAUAAACGGCUGUUCUGGCUUCCCACCCA